AUGGAGGACGAUGCGAAGGACGCAGACGCUCUUCGCGAGGAAGUCAAAGAUCUCGAAUUACGCUUGCAGCAUUCGCACAGGGAGUAUAUGGUGCUGAGCUCUCACUUUCAGGCCCAGGAAUGCGAGCAUGAGACUGAGCCGCGCCGCGCCAAUGAACAAGUCGUGGAACUGACAAGGCAGCUCAAUGCAUUGCAGUUCACGUCUGACAUAUUUUGCGACGACGAGGCAAGCGCGCGAAUGAAACAUCUAAACUACCGAUUAGAGAGAUGGGUCGCAACACAUUUCAAUGAUAGGGACGCUCUGAAAGAGCUCGUGUUGGAAGAGGCCAACGUGUCCUCGGAUGAACUAUGGAGCGUACCUGCACAACGGGCUGCAAUCCAUUCUCGAGCCAGUGGUCUGAUAUGGGAGCCAAUAUUGAAUCAAUUCAUGCUGGGGGCCAUGGAGCACGCUCCGGGCCUCGACCAAUACCUAGCCAAGCUCCGGGAAGCCGUGUUUCACCGAUGCCCCCAGAUAUUCUCACAACAAUGGGAUCUGGCGACGAGGAUGGGCGUGGAGCAUAUGAUGUCGGACACCUUAGACACAAUAUGCAUGUCUCUGGCACAGGAGAUCGACUUAAAGCUCGCAAAAUACAGCAAUACAGAUAGCCAGGCCAGAACUAUGGGCCUGAAGGGGCUUAUGCUGGACUGUCAUAAGUUAAAACAGCGCCUAGAACACCAAGACCAUGCCUACUACUUCGCGUACAGCAAGCCCGGCGGAGCAUAUGACCCGGACACCAUGCAGAGUCUGACGGAUUGCAAACGAGGAGGUCUUUUGGUCAGGUUAUCAAUGUGGCCAGGGCUACGUAAACUGGCAAGACAUGGCGAAUAUGUGAUUGAACGGGAGGUCGUGUGGACGGAGAGUAUGGAACGUUGUUACCAGGAAAGUGAAAGGUCAUCUACAGAAGAGAGUGAAGAGUUGGAUGAAGAAUAG